UGACGUCCACCGGAAGUGAAACUAAAAGGCUCCAGCAGCAGCGUUUGUGGACUGAGCAGGAAGACGGUUGGGUUUUCGUUUCUCAGCUGAAUCUCUGCGUAGUUUCAGCAACAAUGUCUUCAGUUCAGCAUCUGAGAGAGUUUAUCAGAGAGCGACUAACUGCUGCUGCUGAAGAAAUCUUCUCAGAGGUUGAGAAAACCAUCGUCCGCUACGAGGAAGACGCCAGACUGCUGGAAAGCUACUGGAGACCCCAGAUAAAACUCCCCAGAAUCGACCUCCAAAAGCCACAUGUCUCCAUGGAGGAGGAAGCUUCUACUUUUCAACAGCUCUGCAACCAGGGGAGAAGGUCCAGUCAUGACCAGGAGGAAGCAGAACCUCAGUGGUCUGAAGAGGAACAGAUGGAACCAGAACCUCAUUUGAUUGAAGAACAGAGGGAACCAGGAUCUCUUGUCAUUAAAGAAAAAGACAAACCAGAGCUUCCACUAAUUAAAGAUGAAAAUGUGGAGCCUAAGUCUUCAUGGGCUAAAGAGGAACAGAUGGAACCAGAACCUCCACUGAAGGAAGGUGAAGAUGAAUCAGAAUGUCUACUGAUGGAGGAGGUAAAGGAGGAAGCAGGUUCUUCAGAGCUUAGACAGGAACAGCUGGUAUCAGAACAUUUACCACCAAUAAAGGAACAGUGGGAUUCCUGCAGCAGUCAGGAGGGAGAGCAACUUUUCCAGAGUCAGUCCACUGUUACGAUAGACACUUCUUCUCAGAAAGGUGAAGGAGAACAAAUAUCUGAGCAGAUUUUCUUUCAUAUCGCUCCUGUAGUUCAAACCAAAGAUCAGGAAGGAAGCAGCUCUACUGGGUCAGAGACGCAGCCUCGUACUGAAACAGAGAAAAUCUCUUUCAAAUGUGACAUUUGUGGGAGAUCUUUAAAGAAUAAACAGAACUUGAAACUGCAUCAACGCACCCACACUGGAGAUAAACAGUUUUUUUGUGAAAUAUGUGGAAAAGGUUUUACUGCAUCUAAUAGAUUGCAUGUACACAAGAGAAGCCAUACUGGGGAGAGGCCUUUUUCUUGUGAUACUUGUGGGAAGUCUUUCUCUCAAGUUAGUAAUUUAAAUAUUCACAAACAGCUUCAUACAGGUGAUAGGCCUUUCUCUUGUGAAAUAUGUGGGAAAGGUUUCUCCACAGAUAGUUAUCUAAAGUCACACAAGACAGUUCAUACCGGAGAACGUCCUUUUUCUUGUCAAGUAUGUGGGAAAGGUUUUCUUGGACGUUCCCUAUUAAAUGUACACAAAAGAAUCCAUACAGGUGAAAAACCUUUUUGUUGUGAAACCUGUGGAAAAGGUUUCUCUCAAGUUGGUAAUUUAAAUAUUCACAAAAAGAUUCAUACAGGUGAAAGGCCAUUUUCUUGUGAAAUAUGUGGGAAAGGUUUUAUUGGACGUCACCCAUUAAAUCUACACCAGAGAACCCACGCAGGGAUAGGGCAUUUUUCAUGUGGAAUAUGUGGAAAAAGCUUUGAUGAAGCUAUGACACUUAAAAACCACAUGAAAGAAAAACACCAAAAUUAGAACUAGUGGGUACUUUUUACACCAAUUUAUGAUCAGAAGUAUCUCAAAGUUUCUUAGUAAUGUUAAAGUAAGUUUAGGAGCAAAGGUAAGAUCCUUGUUUUCUCCUAAAUGUUUUAACCAGGGGUCUCAUGUUCAAAUUUCCUCCGCGUAUACAUACACCCUGGGAGAGGGAGAGAUAGAUGAACAAACUAGUCGUCUAUCGGGAGGAAAGAGUAUUUUCUGGACUACACUGCCUUCUUUCUAAUAUAACGGUAAAAUAAACGUCACUGUUAUAGUGAAUUAAUUUACCUAUCCAGCAGAAAGUCCCGCUCCCUCAUGAAUUGUCUCAUCUACCUGGUAAAAGCUUUGCUGAUGUCGACUUGUUUUCUCCCCAUUAUUACAUCAUGUUCUUUUCUUAGUUUAUAUCUCUUUCCUCUCUCUGGGCAAAGAGUAUGGAAAUUGCUCCAUUUGAACAGAAAAUGACAACUAGAAUGAGCUACGGUCAUCUUUGCAUGUUUAAUACUCCUCCACUGACAGCACGUCUUCACAUCCAGGUAAAAUGCAUAAAGCUAACAAGUUUGUCCUCUUUCGGCUACUGUAAUGAAAAAUUCUGAUGUUACAUGGCGUCUUCCAUUGGUUACCAUGCCACUUAUGUAUCUAUAAACUACUCAUUCUAAGCUAUGAGAACGCUUUUGUUUUUGAUACGAUUGUUUGACUUUUACAGAAGUAAAAUACAUAAAUAAAAUCAGGUGUCCUUAGGGUUAUUGAUUUUUACUCGGCAGAUAAUUCUUUAAAUU